AAAACUAACGAAACCUGAAUGGUGCAUAUCAGAUACGUGCAGAUUUCUGCAUCAAAAGUUGGAUUUGCACAAUGAAUCACUUCUAUUUUAAUUAGAAAUAGAUGGGAGAAAAAGGAGAGGUUAGUGGAGGAAAGAGGGAAAGAAGUUGCAGGAGAAGGAUAAAGCAACAGGUGAAAUGAAGAAGACGAGAAGAAGGCUACAUGAUCUAAAAUUUACGGUCAAAAAUGAGUAACGUCUAAUUACAAUACAAAGUAGUCAUAUCAUCUAGUAUUUGUGGCUCAUUUGUCAUAUCACGUACUUCACUGCUAAAAGUGGUGAAUAUAUUUUGUAUGAAGUGACGGAAAUGCUUGUUUGUUGGCAAUUCCUCAAACGUAUUUUGGUGAUGUUCUUGGUAUUUGCAAGUUUCUUCAACUAACGCUCUAGGAAUUUUCCAUGACUUAUUUCCUGCAGAAAUGGCUGGAAGUACUGGUUCAACCCUUUAUCCGUCGCACCGUUGUAAAACUCUUCACCUGGUCAGGCAUGCACAGGGAAUCCAUAAUGUGAAGGGUGAAAAUGACCAUAAAGAAUAUUCAUCUCCUGAACUAUUUGACGCUCAUCUUUCCCCGCUUGGGUGGGAGCAGGUUAGUAAUCUGCGAAAGCACGUUCAUAAAUGUGGGCUUGCCAAGAAGAUUGAUUUAGUAAUUACUUCCCCUUUGCUAAGGACAAUGCAAACUGCAGUGGGGGUGUUUGGCGGCGAGAGUUACACUGAUGGAAUUAAUGUGCCACCAUUAAUGGUAGAAAAUGCUGGGAACAGUAACCAUCUUGCAAUUUCAAGUUUAAAUUGCCCACCUUUUGUUGCAGUGGAGCAAUGCCGAGAACACUUGGGAGUUCACCCAUGUGACAAGAGGAGGAGUAUAUCUGAUUAUCGUCCUCUUUUUCCUGCAAUUGAUUUUUCUUUGAUAGAAAGUGAUGAGGAUGUUCUUUGGAAGGCUGAUGUAAGAGAGAAAAAUGAAGAAGUUGCAUCCAGGGGAAUGAAGUUCAUCAAUUGGCUGUGGACGAGAGAAGAGAAAGAGAUAGCAAUCGUCACUCACAGUGGUUUUCUAUUUCAUACCUUAAGCAAUUUUGGGAAGGAUUGCCAUCCCACCAUUAAAGAGGAAAUCUGCAAGCACUUUGCCAACUGUGAACUAAGAACCAUGGUGCUAGUUGACAGAAGCAUGCUUGGGUUGGAUUCCUCCAAUUCCAACUAUCCUGGGAAGAUUCCGCAGGGGCUCGAUCUUCCAAGUGAUGUUGCUCAGGAGAAGCAACCUGAGAAAAGUCAUGCAAACUAGGACUGCGAUACUGAUAUCAACAUUUACCUACUGAGGCUUGCGAGGGGUUGAUUUACAGACUCCCCUUGCUUCUGUGCUUGGCUUUUGAAGAGAGCUCAAAUAAGUAGUUCCAGAUAUCUUUUUUGUUUUUUGUUUUUUUUUCUUUUCUUUUUUUUUCCAAAGCAUUCAUUGAGGUCUAACAUAUUCUGUUUCCCCUGUAUUAGAAUAAAUGAUUGCUCAUCCAGAUUCACAUCAUUGCAUUGAUUUUGUAAGUUCAUGCAGCUCGAGAUUAUGCUCUGAAGUUGCUGAAAAGCAAAUUCCGGAGCAUUAAAGUUGUGUGAUGGUACAUCCUUUUGAUGAUGCUAUGGUGUUGUUAUGUGGUUAAACAUAAGUUUCUCCA